AGGCUACUGGCAGCCACUGGCACCUAGUGAGCGAAACGUACCGCACCGUGUCCGCACUGUGUCACCACCGAGGGCAACCUACCUACCUACCUACCCACCUACCCUCACAGCACGGCUCAUUGAUCCAUCCCCCCCGGGAUCCCACAUUAAGGCAGUCGGCGAUGGGACAGUUGUUUGCUAAACUUAUGAGCAUUUUCGGCAAUCGGGAGCAUAAGGUGAUCAUUGUAGGAUUGGACAAUGCCGGGAAGACCACCAUCCUGUACCAAUUUUUAAUGAAUGAGGUGGUCCAUACUGCCCCAACCAUUGGCAGCAAUGUGGAGGAGAUUGUAAUAAGGAACACACAGUUCCUGAUGUGGGACAUUGGUGGACAAGAAACUCUCAGGGCAACAUGGAACAGUUACUACUCAAACACCGAGUUUGUUAUUCUGGUGAUUGACAGCACAGAUAGAGAGAGACUACCAGAAACUCGGGAAGAGUUGUACAAAAUGUUGGCACAUGAGGAGCUACGAGAUGCAGCAGUACUUGUCUUUGCCAAUAAACAGGAUGUGAAAAACUCGAUGACUGCUUCAGAGAUUUCAUCGAUGUUGGCACUUGGCGCCAUUAAAGACAGAGCCUGGCAUAUUCAGGGCUGUUGCGCACUUACAGGAGAAGGAUUACCAGCUGGAUUGGACUGGUUGAAAUCUCGUGUCACUGCUAACUGACAAUAGUGCGAGUUUUGUAUUUAUUUUGUGCGCGAAGCACUUUUUUUGUACAUUUUAUAUUUUAAUUUUGUAUUUAUAAAUAUAUAUAU